GUGGCGGCGCGCGGCCCUGCCCCCGGCGGCCAUGGCCCUUCCCGGCAUUCCCUAUGAGCGGCGCCUGCUCAUCAUGGCGGACCCGAGAGACAAGGCGCUGCAGGAUUACCGCAAGAAGCUGCUGGAGCACAAGGAGAUCGACGGGCGCCUCAAGGAGUUAAGGGAACAACUGAAAGAGCUUACCAAGCAGUAUGAAAAAUCUGAAAAUGACCUCAAGGCUUUGCAAAGUGUUGGACAGAUUGUUGGUGAGGUUCUUAAGCAGUUAACAGAAGAGAAAUUCAUUGUGAAAGCUACAAAUGGACCAAGAUAUGUGGUUGGCUGUCGUCGUCAGCUUGACAAAAGUAAGCUGAAGCCUGGGACAAGAGUUGCUCUGGACAUGACCACACUAACUAUUAUGAGAUACUUGCCAAGGGAAGUGGAUCCAUUGGUUUACAAUAUGUCUCAUGAAGAUCCUGGGAAUGUUUCUUAUUCUGAGAUUGGAGGGUUAUCGGAACAAAUCAGGGAGCUAAGAGAGGUAAUAGAGUUACCGCUUACAAAUCCAGAAUUAUUUCAGCGUGUGGGAAUUAUACCUCCAAAAGGCUGCUUGCUGUAUGGCCCACCAGGUACUGGGAAAACACUACUAGCCAGAGCUGUUGCAAGCCAACUGGACUGCAAUUUCUUAAAGGUCGUGUCUAGUUCUAUUGUAGACAAGUACAUUGGUGAAAGCGCUCGGUUGAUCAGAGAAAUGUUCAACUAUGCCAGAGAUCAUCAGCCAUGUAUCAUUUUCAUGGAUGAAAUAGAUGCUAUUGGUGGCCGUCGUUUCUCUGAGGGAACUUCAGCUGAUAGAGAAAUUCAGAGAACCCUAAUGGAGUUAUUGAAUCAAAUGGAUGGAUUUGACACUCUGCACAGAGUUAAAAUGAUCAUGGCUACAAAUAGACCAGACACUUUGGAUCCUGCAUUGCUGCGUCCGGGAAGACUGGAUAGAAAAAUCCAUAUUGAUUUACCAAAUGAACAAGCCAGAUUAGAUAUAUUGAAGAUUCAUGCAGGUCCUAUCACUAAACAUGGUGAAAUAGAUUAUGAAGCAAUUGUGAAGCUUUCAGAUGGCUUUAAUGGAGCGGAUUUGAGAAAUGUCUGUACUGAAGCAGGUAUGUUUGCAAUUCGUGCUGAUCAUGACUUCGUAGUUCAGGAAGACUUCAUGAAAGCUGUUAGAAAAGUAGCUGAUUCUAAGAAGCUGGAGUCUAAACUGGAUUACAAACCUGUUUAAAUUAACCAGAUAGUUAAUGAUCGACUGCACAGGAGAUAUUGGAUUAAUGUAUAGAAGAAGAGAAAUAAUGUACCUCUUGGCUAUGAUCUUAUUACAAGUGUAUGUAUAACACCAUAAGCAAGUAAUUGAUGCUAGUUACAAGUCGGCUACAGAAGUGUGUUCUGUACAGUUCUGAAAAUGUGGCAUUCAUUGCAGCCCAAGUUAAGGAGUGAGAUUUGUUCUCAUAACAAUUACUGUGUGAAUUUAUAAACAUACCCAAAUGGUUGAACUUAGCAAAUUUUAAGAAAGUCAGUGCAUUUCCUGGCAUUUUAUAUCAUUUUCCUUUAAACAGUUGAAUAAAACUUCUUUAAGUCUUUCAUAUGUACCUCCUCUCUACCUCUUUAGAUAAGAGCAUUCAUUAUAGUUCUUUAGGUACUUAAAGUGCUACUUAUCUCUGAUAUUAAUGAUCAUGUUCCAUUUAGGCACGUAUUUUGAUAAACAAUCUAUACAAAAUUCUCUACUGGUAAAACUGGUGUGUACAAUGUACCUAAAACACAAGUUAGGAAAUGUAAUCUAAUGAGCUCUUAAUAGUGUGUAACAAUUUCAUGUUGCCUGUCCAUGUGGAAGAGGGUAGGGUACUAUUUUUGUUUCAAGAUUCCACUGUUGAAACCUGGGAAAGGGAUUCAGUUGGAACUAAACUUAAAUGAUCAUUGCUCAAAAUGCAUUAACUAAACAAAACAUUUGUUAUAGCCUGAUUUCGGUUAGCACAAUUCUUUUAAAAGGUUCAUAUAUACUUCUCUGAAAGUGCCACAUCCUAGAUGUUUGUAGGUAACCUACACAGCCAAAUAGCAUUUUGAUUUUUAUAAAAACCACUUAACUCAGUGUUUAAAGAAUAACAGUAUCAGGGCCUCAAUCUAGUACUACUAAAAUUGUCAAGCAGGUGAGGCUUAAUUUAUUUUGGUUUAGAUACCUUUGUGAAAACAGCUCUCCUCCCACUAGGCGAUCCAAGUCACUUUUUAAAAUGUUUCUCACUCCACUUUCCAUCUGUCACUUCUGUCAUAUAGCAACUGAGACUAUCCUCCAUAAACUAGUAAAAUUGUAUCAUCUAAACUACUGUUUUGGGAGUGGCAGGGAGAUGUAUGGAAUACACAGAGAGGGCUAAGUAUUGUUCUGCUGUGGAUUGUAAUGGUGUAACGGGCCAGAAUUUGGCCUGCUGCCUAAUACCUCCACAUGUACUGGGAACUGUUUACUGCAGCUGCUAAUUUGAGUAAUCAUUCAAGCACCAUAAAACAGCUUUAACUCAGAAGCCAAGGAGUGCUUUGUUCAUGCAGUCCAGCACAUUGCAUCAAUGUGGAUUUUUUUCAUUCCACUUUUGAUGUGUGUAGGGAAAGGUUUUCCAUAGUGCUUGUAUUUUACUUCAACUUUUAGGUAAAUUUUACAAACAUCACAAGAGUGAUGCUUCUGUAUGUAUUAAGACUCCAUUUUUUGGCCACUUCUGACUACCCCAACUCGAUUAUUCUGUGCCUAUCCAACUCACAAACAAGUUAGAUUAAAUUUUCUAAAGCCAUGCCAUUUCAGUUUGCCUUAUGUGCUAGUACAGAAUGACCUGUGGUACUAUCCUUGUUUAAACCACGAAAGAGUUUUUAAUAAACUAGUUUAAAAUUAAAGAACUGAAACUACUACAAUGCACAGGCAACAGUAUUUUGAUAAGUGGCUACAACAAGCUAAUGAUUAUCAUUACAUAUGAAAGAGCAUGCAUGUUUAUCUCAAUGUAAUAGUAAAACAGGCUUGUACAACA